UCUCGCGCGUUCGCAUCAGUCGCAUUUUACGCCGCGCUCGCAGUGUAGUUUUUGUUUUGAUUCCGCGCGUGUUUGUUGUUUAUUCGCCGGUACGCCGCGUUCUCGAUUUGAAAACGUUUUCCCGAGAUUUUUUUUUCUGUUGUGUUCCGUGAUAAAACCGUUCUGUGCACCUUAAAAUGCCAAAGCCGAAGCCGAAAGCCCAGCCAACGGAAGAACCUCCGGCUAAGAUGCACAAGGGAGCGCUCACCGUGGCCCAAAUCAACGCGGAUGAGCUGACCUUCCUGGCCAAUCGGUUCUGGGCUCCGGAUAUGGCCGGUACCCACGAGGAGUACAAUGCCGGAAUCAUCGAGGAAAUCUAUCGGCGGGAAAUUUGCGAAUCGCGAUACUCGAUGCGCCGGAUCAUGAUGUUGGAAUUUAGCCAGUACCUGGAAAACUAUCUGUGGCCGAAUUUCCGCGGCGAUGUGGCCUCCCGGGCCCAUCUGAUGUCGAUCGUGGUCAUGUUGAACGAGAAGUUCCGCGAAAAGGUCGAAGUGUGGAAAGUGUUCGAUGUGAACGGGGAUCAGUUUCCGGUGUUCUUCCAGCGGGUUUUGGAAGCGUGUCUGGAAGAUACGGUGGUCAAUCCGUUCAAUAUGCGGGAGCAAACGGCUUUGCUGGUAUUUUUGAAUCACUGUUUCAACAGUAUGGAAGUGGAGCUUUGUAGGAAUCAGGCUAAGCGAUUGGUUUCGCUGGCCAUGUGGUCCUGUUUGCAGCCCAAGCGUCGCGAACAGGAACUGAAGGAGAUUCCUGAGUGGCGCAAGUUUUGGAAGAAGCUUCAGAAGCGUGACAAGGCCACCGAUAAGGAACGCCUCGAGUGGGAAAGGCACUUCUUGCAGAAUUUGAUGAUCAAGUUUAUGAACAUCUUGGAAUUGAUUCCGGUGGAGGGGGAGGUGUCGGAAGAAACGGUGCGUUAUUGUGAGAGGUUUUUGGAGUUCCUGAUUGAUUUAGAAGCGCUGUUGCCGACAAGGCGAUUCUUCAAUACGGUGAUGGAUGAUUGCCACGUGGUGGUGCGGUGCUCGAUGGCACCGCUGUUGCAGCGAAACGAGGGAAAUCUAUUUGCACAGCUCUUGGACAUGUUGAAGUUCUACGCCCGCUUCGAGAUCAACGAUGAAACCGGCGACCCGUUGACCGAUCACGACAUGACCCAGAUCCACUACUCCAAGAUCAAAGCCUUGCAAAAAGCGGCAUUUGCCAAGUUUCCGGACCUACGACUGUUCGCCCUGUCCAACGUGGCCAAUGUGGACACCCGCGAAUCGUUGGAAAAGCACUUUGGUGCCCUGGAUGGCAAAAGUUUGAAAGAGAUCGCCUGCUACUUGAACUUGGUACCGGAAGAGCUCGUGGCACCUUUUGAUUGGCAUCGGCUGGAUGAACCGUUCCUGAGGGAACUGUUGAUUUCCCGGCAUGAACGCCGAGUGUCGCAGCUGGAUUCACUGAACGAGAUGCCACUGUACCCGACAGAGGAGAUCAUUUGGAAUGAGAACAUUGUUCCCACGGAGUACUACUCCGGGGAAGGGUGUCUGGCGCUUCCGAAGCUUAAUCUGCAGUUCUUGACGCUUCACGAUUACUUGCUGCGGAACUUCAAUUUAUUCCGGUUGGAAUCUACUUAUGAAAUCCGGCAGGAUAUCGAGGACGCCGUCAGUCGUAUGCUUCCGUGGCAAUCGGAGGAAGGUGAGGUGGUGUUUGGAGGAUGGGCUCGCAUGGCUCUUCCGAUUCAAUCGUUUGCGGUUGUUGAGGUUUCCAAACCGCACAUUGGCGAGAAAAAGCCUUCACGGGUUCGAGCGGAUGUCAGCGUUACUUUGAACGUUCGCAAGGAGAUCCAGGAGGAGUGGGAGAAUCUACGGAAGCAUGAUGUGUGCUUUCUGAUCACUGUGAAACCGAUGACACCGAUUGGAACCAAGUACGAUUAUAAGGAGCAUUUUGUACCGCAAGUUGGAUUAGUUCAUGUAAGAGGAUGCGAAAUCGAGGGCAUGUUGGACGCCAACGGGCGAGUCAUCGAAGAUGGAAUCGAACAACGGCCGCAAUUGACCGGCGAGCAACGAACCUUCCGAGUUUGGUUAGAUUCCAAUCAGUAUCGAGUUGACAUGGAUAUGCUUCAGACGGGUGGAGAUGACGUGUAUGAAGGAUUUAACAUAAUCAUGCGUCGUAAGCCGAAGGAGAAUAACUUCAAGGCCGUUCUGGAGACCAUCCGUCACUUGAUGAAUACGGAGUGUGUAGUUCCACCGUGGUUGCACGAUAUUCUGCUAGGGUACGGUGACCCCGGUGCGGCUCACUACAGUCGUAUGCCGGAUCAGGCCCGGGUUUUAGAUUUCAACGACACCUUUCUGGACAUUGACCACGUGAGGGGCAGCUUCCCUGGCUAUGAAACGGUGGUAAAGGAAACGGAAGCUAGUAAGAUGGUACGUCCGUUCCGGUUGACGUUCGAGGAUGUUCCAGAGCAGGUCGACAGUAGCGACGAGGAGGAGGAUGAAAAGAAGGUUGAGCUACCGAAACGGAUCUUGGUGGAACCGUACGCGAUCCCAAAACGUGGACCUUAUAAGUACAACGAACCGAAGAAAAAUACCAUCCGCUUCACGCCAACUCAAGUGGAAGCCAUCAAGGCGGGCAUGCAGCCGGGCUUAACGCUGGUGGUGGGUCCUCCUGGUACCGGUAAGACCGACGUGGCCGUGCAAAUCAUCUCCAAUCUGUAUCACAACCAUCCGAAUCAGCGCACCCUGAUCGUGACCCACUCCAAUCAGGCGUUGAAUCAACUGUUCGAGAAAAUCAUGGCCCUGGACAUCGACGAGCGUCAUCUGUUGCGUUUGGGUCACGGUGAAGAGUCACUAGAGACCGAGAAGGAUUACAGUCGGUACGGUAGAGUCAACUACGUCCUGUCGAAGCGUAUCGACCUUCUCGGACAGGUUCAGCGACUUCAGGAUUCGCUAGGAGUUGUUGGAGAUGUCGCUUACACAUGCGAAACGGCUGGACACUUCUAUUUGUAUCAGAUCAUUGCCCGCUGGGAGAAGUUCCUCAGCGAGUUCGAAGAAAGCAAGGAAUACAAGAACGCUGCCGCCUUCGAGGAAGAAUUUCCAUUCACCAAGUUCUUCCAUGACGCUCCACAGCCACUGUUCCAUGGAAGCACUUUCGAGGAGAACAUGGAGAUCGCUCGUAGCUGCUACCGUUAUAUAUCUCAUAUCUUUACAGAAUUGGAAGAGUUUAGAGCUUUUGAGCUGCUUCGUAGUGGCUUAGAUCGUUCCAAAUAUCUUUUGGUUAAGGAAGCCAAGGUGAUCGCUAUGACAUGUACCCACGCGGCUUUGAAGCGCAAGGAACUGGUCAACAUGGGUUUCAAGUACGACAACAUCCUGAUGGAAGAAUCCGCUCAAAUUCUAGAGAUCGAAACAUUCAUUCCGCUACUGCUGCAGAAUCCCAUGGAUGGCUACAAUCGUUUAAAACGUUGGAUCAUGAUCGGAGAUCAUCAUCAGCUUCCACCUGUUAUCAAAAACAUGGCGUUCCAGAAGUAUUCGAACAUGGAACAGUCGCUCUUCACGAGAUUGGUUCGUUUGGGCGUUCCAACGAUUGAUCUAGAUGGGCAAGGUCGUGCUCGAUCCAGCAUCUGCGAAUUGUAUAAGUGGCGCUACACCAAGCUUGGUGAUCUAGCUCACGUCACUCAAUGGCCUGAGUACAUCAACUGCAAUCCAGGCUUUGUCUACGACUAUCAACUGAUCAAUGUUGAAGACUUCAACGGAGUUGGAGAAUCGGAACCCAAUCCCUACUUCUACCAGAAUCUGGCCGAGGCCGAAUAUAUCGUCGCGGUCUUCAUGUACAUGCGCCUUAUCGGCUACCCAGCGGAGAAGAUCUCCAUUCUAACCACCUACAAUGGCCAAAAGCAUCUGAUUCGUGAUGUCAUUGAUGCUCGUUGCGCCGAUAAUCCUCUCAUAGGAAAACCGCACAAGGUUACAACGGUGGACAAGUAUCAAGGUCAACAGAAUGACUACAUCUUACUGUCGCUGGUCCGAACCAAAACAAUCGGUCAUAUCCGAGAUGUUCGCCGUUUGGUCGUCGCCAUGAGUCGUGCCCGUCUUGGUUUGUACAUUUUCGGACGAGUUUCUUUGUUCAAGAACUGCGUUGAGUUGCAGCCAGCUUUCAAGUUGCUCACAAAGCGCCCUCUUCAAUUGCAUUUGCUAAAGGACGAAACUGUUCCUUGUUCUAGAAAGAACAGUGACGCAUUCGAAAAGAAAUCUUACGUCGUUAAUGACAUGACGGACAUGGCACAAUUCGUGUACAACUUCUACAUGAAGAAGGUCAACGUCAUUCGCGACGAAAUGGAGGAGAUGAAAAAAUUGUACGAACAGCAGCAGAAGGAACUAGCUGCUAAGCAGCCCAAAGAGGAUCAGGCAGCUGCGGCGGCGGCUAAGGCAGCAACAGAAAAGGCUCAGGAGCAACCGAAGGAGUUUGUUCCGACUCCGAUCUGCAACGAGGUGGAUAUGAUUGAUCAAAUGCAUCAGCAGGCGAUUUCAAAGAAACGUUCAAAGAAGAAGGGUGGCGCUAUUUUAACCAUUCCGAAGUCGGUUCCAGCGAAGGCAGUGGAGGUUGUCGAGGAAAAGGAAGAAGACGAGGAAGAUGAAAAGUCAAUGAAAGCCACAAUGGUCGCUCAGGAUACGUAUGUUGAGGAGAAGGGAUGUGAUCAAGAACAAGCACAGGAAACAAUGGAGACGGAAGCAACCGAAGAGCAAGAAAAUGAUAACAAUGAAGAGGAGGAAUCAUAAAUCCUAAUAAUGGAAAAGUAACAUUUAGAAUUGCGUUAAGAUUACUAACAUUUAACAUUAAAACAAAUAAACAUUGCUUCAAUAAAAGUAUUACAUAUUUGUUCGCAUGACGAAAUAAAAAAUCCAUCAAUAGAAAAAUAUA